CUCAAUGAACACUUCGAUCUCCAGGUUUGAUGUUCUAUCUUCGAGCUCGAUCUCGAUCUAUUAUGAGGUUACCCUCGGAAAAACUUCCCUGCCAACGAAAUCGGGUAUGCCUGAUUUCGACCGUAUACAGAUAGUCCCCUCGUCUUUUGGAAUGUAACGAGAAGAAACGAAUUUGAGACUUCGAUUUAAUACCUCGAUCAAUUAUGAUGUCAACAUCGUGACGUAAGUGAUAGAAGCGAUUGAAGCGUCGUGUCUGCACAGUUUUCAAGGUCAUUAAUUAACGCCAGUUGAUGGUCGGCCACCAGUGCUUUCAAACCAUCAAAGUGGCUAUUAUAAAUAGACCACCUUCAUAAUCUUCUCAAACUUUAGUUUCAAACUUCUUCUAAUCUUCAAAAUCUCUUCUAUUCUCUUCAAGUUCAUCAACUUUGCCAGUUUUAGUUUGCCAAUCUCUUAUUAAAAGACCGUUCCUCAAGAGAAAAAGGCCUUCUCAUCGCAGCCGGCCGAUGAUAAAAUAUUGGUGGAGCCACGUAUCGAAGAGUGUAUCCCCGGGCCAUGUGAACUUACUUCCGACUUUAAAGUCGAAAAACUCUCUUCGGUUCCUGGCCGAUGCGAGCCCAUGUCUAGAUACAUCUGUUCGAUAUCCGAAGGCGAUCUCGAGCAGGUGAAAAAAGACUGCCACUUGGAGAAUAAAGAGGUGGUGAUUCCUGCCCCCGAGGAGGACAUCACCACUCAUGUGAAAGGGUUCUUAAGUAUGUAUACUUACCCUUUCACAUUGGGUUCCGUCGAUCCUGUCAUAAUCGACUUCUGCCGCCAAUACCGGGUAACCCUAGGCCAAAUCUACCCCUCUUUUGGCGUAUUGUCAUUUUGCUCAGAUUCUUCUCAAGCAAGGUCGAGGGGAUUUCUUUCACCCUCGAUCAUCUCAUUAGGCUAUACAGCCCCCGCCUUUAUCGGGGCGGACUGAUAAGGCUUCAGUGCUGGGCCACGAAGAUAUUGUUCUCAAGCAUAGAUGAGGACAAGGACCGAGGAUGGAUGGACCGGUUUGUCCGAGUCAGGACCUCCGACUUAAUCCCCGCCGAGAAGAUGCCAUUCCCCGAAGAAUGGAACAUGAAGCCUUCCCCCUGGUUUCCUGUUGUAGUCCCGGACCUUGCAGGUUGGGUUCGACAACUGGUUUCAACCUUUUCGUAUGCUGAGCGCUCGUGGCGCGAUUUGGCUAAGGGUCGAUGGGACGCCAAAAAUCAUGGUCCUGGAGACAAUGUCGUCAUGAGGCCGCCUCCCCCCGGGGAAGAGGAGGUCCUGAAGCCAACCAAAGACAACAAAAGGAGAAGGGCCUCACCUCCAGAUACCCCAAAGCCCAAGAAAAGUAGGGCUCGAAAGUCGAAGACUGAUCCCGCCGUUCUGUCUGCUGAUGUAGUCCAAACACUACGAGAUGAAGAUGAGGAGGGAGAAGAUGCCGACUACCUACUGGUGGCUUGGAAGAGGGGAGGCAUCGAAGCUUCGAGAACUACUGAGCCUAUGACAGUCGAGGAGGUUCAGCCGCAGACCGAGAUAAUCUCGGAGGAAGGUCCGAGCAGAGUCCCCGAGUCAUCGGGUGUUGAUGAUGCCUCCUACCGUGAUGAGCAACCGGCCCAAAGGGUCUAGUUCUGAAGCCCUUCAAAGAGAAGAGAAUGCCCCAAGUGAAUCGCUCGAUGCAAUUAACAUUGAUGAUUCGCCGCCCGGCCCCACGUUCUUUGAGGGGCAGUUUUGGGAUGCCCGGUCCAUGGGGACCCCCGAUGUGGGGACAGCCCCUGAAGGGUAUGAUAUAUUCUACGGCUGCUUUACGGGAGUCGAUGAUGUUCCCGACCUGAACGCAUCACUCAUUUUCUAUGAGGCUCAACGGCUUCUGAACCAAGCUACAGCGCUCCAUCGAGAAGCGUCCUCCAAAUACCGAGCUGAGCUGGCCCGAUGUGAGGCUGAUCUCAAAAAGCUUACGGAGGAGAGAGACGCCCUCAAACUCCUCUAUGUGCAAAAAGAAGAGGAGAUCAUGAGUAUUCAAACCGAGCUGACAAGAGCUCAUCAAGAUCAGACCAAGCUCAUUGAAUGGGUUCAGCAGAAGGCCGAAUUAGUUGAGCAGCUUCGUGAGGAGGCCAAGAUGAAAGAUGCAGAGACUUUGGGGUAGAAGUAGAACAUGGACCGUCUCGCCUCGGAGAAACAUGUGGUUCGGGCCCAACUGUCUUCGGUAGAGCGUCAACUCCAAAGUGUGGAGGAGGAGAACUUGGCCCGAGCCCAGAAGGUUGAAGAGCUUGAGACUCGGUUGGCCGUUGAGCUUGCAAGGGCCACAUCCGAGGCAGAGGCGCUCGUGGCCUCCUACCGUGCCGACGCUGAAGCCGCUAACACUCAGGUUAAGGAAAUUUCUGACGCUGCGGAGGUUAGAUUGUCCCGUGUUGCCGAGCAUGCUAGGCCCCUGUCUCGAAGACAGACUCUUGAGGAGGUACAUGCUCAUGGCUUCGACCUCACAACUGAUAUCGAGAGUGAGAAGGUUUUGGAGGACGAGGUCGGAGCUUUACUUUCCGAUGAUGAAGACUCUACGAGUGGAUCCGAGAGCGGAGGAGAUGAAGAUGAAGCUCCCGAAGAUGCUGCUCCUGAGGCGGACUAGGCACUUAGGAUUUAUUCUCCUUUUUUUUGUGUAAGACCAUGUGUGGUAUUUGUAAAU